UGCAACGGAUCGUUUUAGCCCUGUUAAUUGUCGACAUUGAUGUAUAGAAGGGUUUGGGAAGGGGUGGGCGGUAUAUUUUAUAGUAGCAGUAAAACCAACUAGGAAUACCAAUUUCUCUUUUUUCCAUCGCGAGGAGAAUCCACCAAGUCUGGGGAGAAAAAAAUACUUCCUUCGAGCCGGAUUUGAACCAGCGACCUAAGGAUGCCAACGGGAUGAUGUUUGGAGCUGUAGUGGUGGGCAUCGGCACAGCAGGCAGGGUGAGGAUCAGAGACAUAUUGGCUCCGCUGCCAGGUAGUUCUGCUGAAAAACUCGCCGUCAAAGGAUUCAUCUCCAGGAGAAGUCUAGACAGUCAGCAAGGAGUGAGACCAAUUUCAGUCGAAGAGGCUCUGAGCAGAGAAGACAUUGAUGUGGCGUUCAUCUGCACCGAGAAUACAUCACAUGAGCAUGAUGUCAGAACUUUUUUGCAAGCAGGGAAACAUGUCUGCGUGGAGUAUCCCAUGACGCUGAGCUACAAAACUGCUGUGGAGCUCUGGAAUUUGGCGCAGGAUAAAGGGGUGAUCCUACAUGAGGAGCACAUUGAACUUUUUUCAGAAGAUUACAAAGGGCUGAAGAGGGCGGUGCAAGGGAAAACUUUGCAGGAGGGAACGCUCCAUUUUACAGGUGGAGUUCUGAAGCCAGGAUUUGGGUUUCUUGCAUUUUGUGGCAUCGCCCGUCUCACCUGGUUGGUUGAGUUGUUUGGUGAGCUCUCCGUGAUCGCAGCAACCGUGGAACAAGACGUGGGCAACAACUACAGCAAGAUGACUGCAAAAAUGCAAACUGCUGACAAAAAACCUUUGACUUGGAUUGAGGAGCGAGGACCAGGAUUCCCAAGAAGCAAGAGCGUCAACUUUCAAUUUGAGUCCGGGCCGCCGCUAACUGAAAUUCCUCCCUCGCCCGGAGGGGCAGUGGGCCUUUUCAUGCAAGACCUGAUCAAAUUCUCCUCCAAGCUAAUGGGCCAAAUGAGCUCAGAAGAUCUCCACAAAGAGAAAAGGAGGAUCCUCCACUCCUUAGAACUGGCAGAGAAAAUACGACAACUGUGCCAGAAAUAAACGUGUUUCCCCACAUUGUC